AUGGCAACUGCACCACUUCCGAGCCGGACGCGUUCCAUACGAAAGCCCAAUGCUGGGAUUGAUCUGAAGUCGAGAUUAAAUGGGUUAAAUAGCGAACAAGCUCCAGAUGCGCCCAGGGGGAGGAGCCGCGGUGGAGACGCAAUUGACUCGGCCAGGACGGGAAGCCAAUCCCCAAGCAAGCUGCCCAUGAGACCUCCCAGCUCAACCACUUCAACGUCACGACUCACGCGAACGGGAAGUCCAUCGCACCGGGCGGCGUCAGCUAGCACUCGACCUGGAUCCAACGAUGGCUCUAUGCGCCCCCCACGGUCUGUAACGACCAGACCACCACUGAGCUCCGACAACAGACCAUCCGUCAGUAGGCCACCACUGUCUUGCGACAACCAGAGAGGCGCGCCCCUCCACAGCAGCUCCAAGACGCCCACUGAGCAAUCGUCUUCCACGGGCCUGCAGCGACGACCUAGCACCACUUCCCGACACGCCCGCACCACCUCGAUAGGCAGUGCGCCCUCCAUCCGACCGCCAGCUUCUAAACACACUCGAAAUACUUCAGUCACCCAACUCAGCUCCACGACGACUCUCAGGCCGCCCUCAGAAACAAAGCAAGCUCCCAACCCAGCUCUACACCGCCCCAAUUUCUCCACUCUACAGCAACAUUAUUCGCCAGCUAAAUCAAUAGCGCCGAAACCGACAACAGCGAGCUUGCUGGCAGCUCCAUCGCCGAGUAAACUGCCCUCGAACGUUGCGAUAUCGGCUGAGACAGCCCGGCUGCAAGCAGAGUUAUUACAAUUACACCUUCUUCACCGUGACGCGGCAUCGGUGCAGGAUCAAUGGCUGGAUAGCGCGAGAAACAAACUAGGUCAUAAGUUUGAGACAUUAGUGAGGAAGCAUGGGGGGUUGGUGGCACAAGAGGAGGCACAGCAUGGCCAGACCAACGCCCUAGCUUUGAAGGUAUGGGCGGACAGCGGCAUGCCGGGAUGUGGGUUGGAGGAGAAGAUACAGGUUCUAGAUGAGGUGGUUACUGGCGUGUGGAGAAUGGGUGAAUCGGGGGGGAAGUAUGCCAGGAUUGUGAGGAGGUUUGAAAGGUGGAUGCAUACGGUGGUGGAUAUCCACCAAAGGCGUGAAAGAGGACAUCUCCUGGAUGGCGACGAAGUAAUGUUCAUCGAGGAUAUUGAUGGGAGCUGGAGCGAUGAUUGCAGAGUUCAAGCCAGGAAGCUUGAGGAGUGGAGGGAUAAGCUCGCUGACUUAGGGAAAGUGGAGGUCAAGAGCAGCCUCGCAACAGCUGUCGAGGGGUACACGACGCUGGUUAGAGGGAUGCUGGAAGAGUUGGAUACUAUGCGGAGGAUCGAGAAGGAGGUUAUGAUGAGCGAGCAAGUUUGGAUCAAGGAGAUGAUCUCCGAUGCGGGAGACGAAGAGGACGUUCCUGUCCGUUCUGGUGCCGCUUGGCACAGAUGA